UUCAUACAUUGGAGCUUGUCGUAGUGGCAUCAACCACCCUUCAUACACGGGCACCGGACAACAUUGCGCAACUGAGGGCAGGUCUGUUCUCCGCCUCCACGCACGUUUCUCUGACUAGAUCACACCAGCCAUUCUUCCAGCGUUUGCUGAAGCAUUUCCACCGCAGCCCCUCGGAGAGCAGCGAUGUUUUCCUGCAGAGCGGCCUGGCAAAGGUGUGGGCCUUUGGCUCGGAGAGCCCCCCACAGGUUGCCCCGGGAUGUUGUGCAGCGGCGGCCCAUGUCGUCAGUUCCUGGCGGGUCCGGGGAGAACAUAGUCUACACCGUGCUGUGUGGGGGAGCCUUUGCUGGUGCUUUGUCAUACGCAUACAGCACUGUGUCCACAGACAGCGCUAGGUUCAAUGAUCGCAUUGCGGAAAUCAAUGCCAGACCCAAGACUGAGUGGGUACCUAAACCAUGGCCACCUAAGGGCAAGGACGAUGCAGAGGGUGGAGAGGAGGAGGAGGAGGCAGCACCUGAGGAGGCAGCACCUGAGGAGGCCAGUGUCGAGGCCGAGGUUGGCAAAGUAGAGGCCGCUGCUGAUGGUGAGGCAGAGACUGUAGUGGAGGAAGUUGCUGAGGCAGUUGCAGAGGCUGCUGAGGUCCUUGCCGAGGCGGCGCCCGAGGUGGCGGAGGUCGUUGCAGAGGUGGCGGAGGUCGUUGCAGAGGCUGCGCAGGAAGUGGAGGCAGCCGCAGAAGAAGUGGCCCAAGUUGCAGAAGUUGUUGAGGAGGCCGCCAAAGCUGUUGAGGAGGCCGCCCAGGCUGUCGCAGAACCAGCCGCCAUCACCGCUGAGGAGCCUGAAAGCAACGUGCUGCUGGCAACUGCCUCUACUGUAGAAGUACUGAAGACAGCUGAAGCCAAGGAAGAGUUGGCACCCGCCAUAGAAGACGCCAAAGAGGAAGAGUCUUCGCCACCAGUAGAAGAAAAGCCUGUUGAAGAAAUUGCAUCAGUAGAAGAGGCCCCUGCGCCAGUGGAGGUUGCACCAGUAGAAGAGGCCCCCGCACCAGUGGAGGUUGCACCAGUAGAAGAGGCUCCCGCACCAGUGGAGGCAAAGUCUGUUGAAGAAAUUGCACCAGUUGAGGAGGCUACUAAGAGGGCAGAAGAGGCCCCCGCACCAGUGGAGUUUGCACCAGUAGAAGAAGAGGCCCCUGCGCCAGUGGAGGUUGCACCAGUAGAAGAAGAGGCCCCUGCGCCAGUGGAGGUUGCACCAGUAGAAGAAGAGGCCCCUGCGCCAGUGGAGGUUGCACCAGUAGAAGAAGAGGCCCCUGCACCAGUGGAGGUUGCACCAGUAGAAGAAGAGGCCCCUGCGCCAGUGGAGGUUGCACCAGUAGAAGAAGAGGCCCCUGCGCCAGUGGAGGUUGCACCAGUAGAAGAAGAGGCCCCCGCGCCAGUGGAGGCUGCAUCAGCAGAAGAAGAGGCCCCUGCGCCAGUGGAGGCAAAGUCUGUUGAAGAAAUUGCACCAGUUGAGGAGGCUACAAAGCCAGCAGAAGAGGACCCUGCUCCAGUGGAGGUUGCACUGGCAGAAGAAGAGGCCCCCGCGCCAGUGGAGGUUGCACUGGCAGAAGAAGAGGCCCCCGCGCCAGUGGAGGUUGCACUGGCAGAAGAAGAGGCCCCCGCGCCAGUGGAGGUUGCACUGGCAGAAGAAGAGGCCCCCGCGCCAGUGGAGGUUGCACUGGCAGAAGAAGAGGCCCCUGCGCCAGCAGAACAGGCCCCCGCGCCAGUGGAGGUCGCACCAGAAGAAGAGGCUCCCGCGCCAGUGGAGGUCGCACCAGAAGAAGAGGCCCCCGCGCCAGUGGAGGUCGCACCAGAAGAAAUUGCACCAGUUGAGGAGGCCCCCGCAGCAGUAGAACCUGAUGUUACCACAGCUCUGGCUGAAGAACCAGUCACCACCACAGUUGUGGAAGAAGUUGCUGCACGCCCUACAGCUGAAGUAGCUCCUGCGGAGACCCUGGCAGAAGGUCCCAAGAAAGAGUUCAUUGUUGUGGUUCUGGAAGGAACACCUAAAGCGGAAAAACGGCCCAAGGUGCUGGGAGUAGGGCCCAUGACUGGUAAAAUCAUCCCAGGUCCAGAUGAUGACGAUGCCCCUGCUUCUGAGGGUAGGCGACGUCUUCUUAGGAUGCAAAUGCAGUAGUUUCAACUAAGUAAACUUCUCCUGAAUGACUUUGUCCUGCAAAAGAAGAGGAUGUGCCUUUCUCCAACGCUUUCCCUUUCUCCUUUUUACCCCUAAAAACACAACAGACUAAUACGUAGUUCCAGUGUAAAGAUACACAGAGUAUGUAUUGUUUAGAACAUGCCAGCUUAUCCCAUCAUAUUAGCAGUGCCCAUAUGGCCCAUUACUGUGACACUCCCCACUGACUUAUAUGUCUUGACUCAGAGAUCCCUGAUGAGCCCGGUCAGUAGCUGAACAGAUGUCUGGUUUAUCUUUUAGUUGCCUCACUAACAGUUUUGUAACUUUGUAACCUGCUUACUGCUGAGCCAUUCAGUCCAACCAAUGUUUACUGCCUCAAGAAUCACCCCAGUGGAAUACAUUGAAACUCCUCACCACAUCCAGUUAACCCAGUCACUGCCCAGCCACUUGGGGUGUGAGCUUACAGUGUUAUAUCUUAAAGCAAGGAGUGUUUUGAGUCACCAGCAUUCUUUACAGUACCUGACCUCAGGUUUUUUUCUUCUGCUUCUCGGUGUGAAAAUAAGCAGCAGGAAACACUUAUAUUUAUCUUUAUGAAGACCUGAGCACGCUGGUUCAGCAGCCCAUGUAAAGUAGCUACCGUCCUACCUCAGUUUCUCCUGUUCCAGUCUUUAAAAUGACCCCUCGUGAUUCUAUCACAGUGUUACAGUUCCCAAGCCAGCAACACACUUGCUAAGUCACUAACUACAAUAAGCUGUACUAUGAUCACAGUCACCUGUGAAACUAAAGGUAUUUACAGUUUUAAAUGCUUGUUAAAUUGUGAAACAAAGAAAACUGCUCUCAUCGGGUUAAAACUCUAAAGCAUAUUUCACUUCUGGCCACCCAGUUGGUGAUGUCACAGCAGGUAUUUUUCCCUUCACAGCUGUUAGAAAAGCUUUUCUUGUUUUGUUCUAGCAGUGAGUCCAAUGUGGAUGUGUAAUGUAAAGGCUUGCAGCAAGUAUGAACGGUCAUGAUACUGAUGUGCUGGUGUGACAUGAAAUGUGUGUUUGGAAAGCGAAGCAGUAUGUCUGAAGAGAGGUCUGUGAAAUGCUUUGACAGCUCUGUAGUCCGCUCUUCCUUGAUUCCCUCUUUCAGACUUUCUCACUUUUACUAUAGACUUCCUGGCUUUCUCAGCUUGGCACAUGGUCAUUGAAACAGAUCUGAAAUCACGGGAGGGAGAAUCGGUUUUGGUAUGUAUUUUAAUAAUUAGGUUCAGAAAAUUACACUCCUUGGUGCUCGCAAGCAGGUUUCUGUAAUAGGAUGUGAGUGAAUGUCUUUGACUUAGCAAUGGACAUAAACUGUUACUGUUCCACAUAUUAUUGUUUUUCUUGGUUUUGCAAAAUAAAAGGGAUAAAACAGGA